AUGAUGGCGUUACAUGUCAAGAAUAGAGAUGCUUCUUAUUAUCAAAGUGCCGAUUAUUACGGAAAUUCGGUGCCUUUAAACUAUCGGAAUAACAGACAUUAUUUCGCCCGGUUACCAGGUAGGAAAAGGGUCGCAUUCAUUGCUGUCAGUAGCCGUGACACUGCGAAUGGAUGGAUGCAUGCAGCCUCAGCUAAAAUGUAACCAGUGCAAUUUUCUGAUUUAAGAGGGUGUAAACAUGUUGGUAUUAUACUGUAUGUUAGUGUACAGCUUAGUGUACAGCUAUAAAACAUUUUUGUCGAGGUUGAGCCUUCCCAUUAAUUUGAAGAGAUUAGACCAACAGUCAUGUUGAAAUUAAAUCAGUAAUCAGAGGUUGCUGAUCAAUUCAACCCAAAAUAUAUGUCAACAAAAAUGUGUUGAUUUGCUGUAUCCACAGCACCAUCACUGUUCCUCAUUCUCUUUCAGUGCAGGUGUGAUGUGGUGGAUUGGUGUUUCAUGUAAAAUCAGCUAAAGUAAUAAUGGUCAGACCGGUGGGUGUAGAAUGACAUGAUGGUCCCCUUGUUUAGGGGGAGGACCACGUUUUUGACAGUCUCGGUUCCCAACUCUUGAAAUCUGUCUACUCUUGUCAUGGCACAAGCUCAUUGACACACCAUGGUGUAGUGUACAUUAUUCACAUGAUGAUAAUGGUGUUGAUAAUGAUUAUUAUGAAUAACAGCUUGGGUCUGGACUUGAGUUUACCUUGUUCUAUAUUCUCUUAAGUGGUUAAACCUGUUUAUAUAGCAUAUUUUGCAACAUCAUCUUUCAAGACCUAAUUGUAUUGAGUUGGUCUAUUCAGUCUGCUGUAAUCAGAUGAAAUGGCAUUGUCCACUAAAAUAGGUUGAAAGAGCUGAGUCUGGCAGGUCACAUCCCUGGAGAUGUUAUAAAUGCUUGAUAAGCAACUUCAUUUUGUACUAUACCCUGAUUUCAUAUAGCUUUAUUGGUAAACAUUAGUAUUGACAGAUUUGAUCAUUCAGUCUUGUUUUAUGACAGCCUCCAAGCUGCCCCCCAAUCUUAGCCUAUAGUCUUCGUGUCAACUAUCGCUCACUUGAACUGGCAAUAAUGAGUCCUUUCAGACUGCUAACUCAAUAGCCUAACUGCUGUGUUGCCAUCUCUAACUAGGCUAACUAAUGGGUACGUUUAAGAGGCAAUUAAUCUGUUAUCUGCAUGACCGAGUGUUAACAAAAUACCAUAGGUCUCAGGGUCUUUCAACACAUCUCCAUGCUAAAACCAUGUCUAUCGUGAGACUUUGCAAUGCAUUUAACAUUUCGCAAAUCAAAUCAAAUUUUAUUGGUGACAUACACAUGGUUAGCAGAUAUUAAUGCGAGUGUAGCAAAGUGCUUGUCAGAGUAAGAGGACUGUAAUUCUCUAAUUAAAAUAUGAAGUUCUUAUGAGUUCCCUUCAACCUUUCUCCAUUCAAAGACUAGUCAUGCACUUGAUUCCACUGCAUGAGGCAUACACUUUUCACUCCAUAAUUGAUGUGGCAGAGGUGACAGUAUAAAAGGCAUGAAAUAACUAUAAGUAUGUGACAAACACCUCUCACUGUGAAGGGCUAUUCAACUUUUGGAGGUUCUUGGUUAUUUUUUUUUCUGUACAGAUACCAAAUGAUAGAAUUAGAACCCUCUCCUUUAAAACCCCCAAAUACUUUUCUUAUUAAGCUAAUUCGCUCCAACACAGAGACCCAAGGCCAUCCCUCAUGAUACAUGGCCAAUGACUACUAUGCUCAUUAAUAUCCCAGGACUUGCAUUUUACUUGAGAUCCCAGUGUUAUGUCUCAGGAGGAGUGUUUUAUACCCAAGAUUAAAAAAUAUUACUUUUACUUUGACCUUGGGCUAUGACAAUGUAGGUUCCUGACUAUUUUGGGGAUUAGGCUAUAUUCUCCAAUGAGCAUGUGAUUCAGGUUUGUCUCCUUGUUACUCUGCAUGAGGAAAGCAGUUUACAGUAUACUGGACCGCAAGGCUAAGCAGAUUAGCAGUUUGGUUUCUACUUCAUUGAAAAACCCAGAAAACAUGUAUAUGUAUAUUUUUUGUAUAUGUAUAUUUUCUUGGAAAAAAGAUGUCACACUCAUAUUUGAGAAUUUUCAGGUGUUUGGAUUACAUUAUGUUAUUUAUCAGAAUAACAUUGAUGUAUACAGUGGGCCUAGUAUUGCCGGGAAAAUAAUUUUGUUUGUUAUCGGAAAGUUCCAUUUCAAGCAUGCCAUUCACUUGGUGUCACUGCAUGGCUGCUGGAAUCAAAAACAUCCCACACUGUUAUUGGGUCUCCAAUCUGAGUUGAUGCAGCAGAAACAUCAGACAUGAGCACAGCCACUGACCCAUCCCCCACAUCAACCCUUAUGCAGAAAAAAUGUGGCCACACAUGAUUGCCUGAAAUGUAUCCAGUCAAGCAGGCAAUAGUCUGUUUGAAUCAGCACCAGAUCAAGAGAUGAUUGAGGAACUUAUUUUCGCAAGGAGCAGAGCCCAUGCUUGACUGCAGGGGAAGUGUAAUAUUCACAAUGACUGCUGGACUGUGAAACCCACCAUUGUUCUAUUUGUUAGUGUCAGUUUCACUAGGGAGAAAUGAACACAGUUGAUGACUGUAGUUCUUGCUUCCUCCCAAUGUUAUACAGCCAUUACAUGGCUAUAAUAAGUGUAGAAUCUAGUCUAAUACAUACUUUGCCAUCAUUGCAUUGGCCCUCAGGACCAGAGUCUAUGCUGACGCCUUCAAUGAGCCUUUUUGGCCAGCAACAGCCGUUGUUCCAGCCAAUGCCUUCUACACAUACCCUUGGACCCCCUCCACAGACCCUCAGGCCGUCUACACCAGUGGUAGUGGCCCCGGACCCCCUCCUUUUCCCCCUCUACAGCCCUCUGUCUGCCAAACCACCCGCUCACCUCCAGCUGAUGCAGGGCCCCCCCUGCCCUGUCCCCUGCCCUGUCCCACCUCCAACUGCCCAGGUGGCCCUCAGCACCAAGCCCCAGGAGGAAGAGGCUCAGAUUGGGGCCACAGACCAGGACGCUACCUUGGAUGAGCUGUGUAAGCCUCUGUACUGCAAACUGUGCAACGUCACCCUCAACUCUGCCCAGCAGGCACAGGCCCACUACCAGGGUAAAAACCACAGUAAGAAGCUGAGAAAUUUUUAUGCAGGCAGCCAGCAGCUGCCUGCCAUCAGGAUUCCAGAGGUAAUAGAACCAGUUUCCCAGCAACCCCUCACGACUCCACCAACUGAGAGUACAACUCCAAAACAGCCGGUGUCAUUUAACGGUGCCAGCAGGGUGAUCUUAGCCACGGAGAACGACUACUGCAAGCUGUGUGACGCCUCGUUCAGCUCACCUGCCGUGGCUCAGGCGCACUACCAGGGCAAGAACCAUGCCAAGAGACUGCGGCUGGCUGAGGCCCAGCAGAGCAGUAGCAUCAUAGAGUCAACUGAGUGUGUCCAGAGGCGUCCGAAGAAAGAGGGGAGCGAGUACAAGUUGAUCAAGAACCGCAGGACCUCACAGGUGCCUCCUGCCAUGCCAGAUCAGAUGUAAGUAAAGUAAGUAAGCCUUGGACAAGUAAGCCUUGUCAGAGCCAGAACGGCCCAUAACGAUCAGAUGAAUUCAGGGAUGUUCAUAGUCUUCUUCAGAAGGUACAGUAUAUGUUUGAGGGUAGAUGUGGUUGCCCAUUUCCUUUUCAUUGAUACCAAUGAAGCCUUUGACGGCUGGUGAAUGAGACUGAUAUGCAUGUGAAUAUGUAUAUGUAUAUCACAUGUCCAGGCAGCAAGCAGGUGGAGGCUAUUGUUUUUUGCUCCAUGGUCGUAGCAGCAGUGAAUACCCCUCUCUCAUCACCACCUUUACCAGGGAAAUGUCGUAGGAAAGUUGAGGGGGUGGCCGAGGCUGAGGCUGGUUAGUCACUGUGAACUCACUAAGCACAGGCCCUCACUAAGCACAGCAACCAACAGCCACUCUGCUGAUCCACAGACACAGCCUACUCAGGUGGCAGGUGUCCAUCAGACAGAGCCCUCACAGUCCACUGUUCAUCCCCGUACCACUCUCCGAAGAGUCGCGAAAUGUACAUUUAUACACAAUUGUGCAUGUGUGAAAUCGGACAAAUAUAAACUCCCACCAAUUGUUUUUAAUUAUUAUUAUCCACCCCCAACCUCCCACCACCCCACUCCACAUACUCUGCACCAUGGCCUUCUCCCCUUGGAUCAUAGGACACAACUGCACCCACUCGCUUCCCUUCCCUCAGGGCUCAGAGACUUUGCUGAUUUAAUUCCAGAAAUAGAACAGUCUCUCGCUGAGAAAUGUGCUUUGUCUGUCAGAAUUACUCUGCAAGGGUCCGUGAUGGUUGCCUCCAGCCAUACACACAGAUACAGCAGAGCAUCUAUUUUCUGACCAACAUACAGUACAUCUCCCUUCUUCUAAUGUGGGACACAUGUGUAUUUCUUCUUGUAACAUUCAUAUGGCCAUGGCAGUGGAAAGCUCAUCCUAUGCACAGCCAGCCUUCCAUCCCCAUGCAGUGCCUGGCAUCUAUCUGCCACUUCCAUCUUUUCACACAGUGUUCACUGGUGAGCAGCAGCUCAACACUCACUCCAUCACUCACUCUCCAUCAUUAUGGUGUGUAUGUCUUGAUGUGUGACCCAGCCCCCUACUACAACCCCCGGCCCAGGCAGAGGAUCCCCAGAGACCUGGCCAUGUGUGUGACGCCCAGCGGCCAGUUCUACUGCUCCAUGUGCAAUUCUGGGGCCAGCGAGGAGUCCAACUUCCGCCUUCACCUGGAGAGUAAGCAGCACAAGAGCAAGGUGUCGGAGCAGCGCUACCGCAGCGAGAUGGAGAAUCUGGGCUACACUUAGGAGUUCAGCGCCACAGCACAGGGGAGGAGAGGGGAAUGGGGGGGGGGGAUUCACACUGAAUUUUGCCAAUAGUAUAGAAAGAACCCGCCAGGCUGUGGGGUAUUGGGGAAGUUUAUCUCACAAUCGGUUUCCUUUCCCCAGUUUAAACCCUGUUAUUACUUGAGUUUGAGUAGCUGAACAUUGCUAUGUGUAGUAGAGGAAAGAUAAGUUCUAUUACAGGCUUCUACCAGCCCAGGUGAAUGUACUGUGAUUGCGAUGACAAUUAUUAAGUAAUGGGUAUUUUUUUCAAUUGUAAAAAAUCUGACUGACUGUUCUCUUUCCUCAUGUGUGUUUACAUGGGUUUGGUAUGACUCCAAGCAUCUUGGACAUGCCAGUCAACUCAACCUCUGGUCCUGGUCCCUUAUUAUUUUGGGAUGAUAUUAAAGCUAGCUGCUGUAAGCGCUUGACUUCCCUAUGGGAGGUGUGCUUUUCGAAGAGCAGAGUAACUCAGGAGAAUAUAGAGCAGGACUAGAUUUAAUUGGGGGGAUUUAGGGUUACUUCCACAUGACCUCAACUUUGUUUAAUUUAGAGAAAGGGGAAUUUAGACUGUUCAAAGCCCAAUUUGUUCAGAGGAGGAACACAAAGUUUGAGUUCUUAUUCCUAUAUAUCUACCCCUUAAUCCAAUGCAUGUGUACAAGUAAAUCUAGGCAUUCAUUGUCUGGUGCUUUUUUUUUUCAGUCACAGAAAAAUGAUCGAUCGUUAACAGUGUGUUCUCUCUGGCUCUCAGAUUAUGUGUUUUUCUGUGUCAUAAAUGCUCUUGUAACCUAUUUUAAAAUGGCCUUUUUUGUAGUUCUAGUCAGACCAUGGUUUAUUUGUUUUAAUUUAACAAUGCCUUUUGAUUUAUAAGAUUUACUAUGUAUUGUUUUCUCUUUAUGAGUGUUUGUUUUUACAGACAAUUAGCCAGAGAAAAUAUCUACUGUUAUCUAAUGUAGGGGGGAGCUUCAUGUGCAACAUCACUUUAUUUGUAUACACUUGAUUAUACUUUCAUAUUUCACUGUAUAAAUUAUGUUUGUGCAAUGUACAUGUGUGCAUGAUAUUAUCAGAAUAUAAAUAUAUUUAAGUAUUCAUAAUAUGCUACUAGUGGGAGUGGAGGAACUAGGCCAGUUCGAGAGAGACAGAGAAGGGACCAUUAUAUUGGGCACAAGGUAGUGUAUGGGAAGGAGUAUUGCUCUUGUUAUAGAGAAGUGGGUGGAGUUUCAUACUGAUUGAUUGAUUGAAUUUGUUAGAUAAUUAAAAGUAGCAGGCUUCUCCAGCCGGAGACAACAUUACACUAUUACAGGAUUUGCUUUAAUUAUUGUUAUUUGUUCUAUAAGUUCUAUUGAUGUGUAUCGAUCUGAUUUGUAUCAAAUGUUUACAGAGAGUGGUCUAAAGGGAAGUCGAUCACAUUUAAUGUUGGAUCCAUCCACAUGUUGCCCGUUCCUUAAACCUAAUUUGUCUUGGCCUACUGGAACUCUCCCAGAAAUCUCAUCUCCACUUUUUUUCAAGCUGUUUUAAUACAUAUUCAGUGCUUCUCAACAUUCAUUUUGUGAUGGACUGCACCCAGGGCUAUGAUUUUCUUUGAAACCACUCAUUAAAUGGGAUACAUUGAUUAUGUUACACAUUAACUGAUCUAUAUUGUUCAGAUUAACCACCCAGAGCAAAUAAGCUAUUUCUAUCUGGGCCUAGCACAGCAGUGGAAUUAACCACUUUCAUAAUGAUAUGUAACAUACCCCUUAAAAGGGGAGUGUGUAUCUCACAGAGUAUACAGUGUGGAUCUGAGUGCAAUUCAUUAGUCCAAUGUUAGUGGUCAUCCUACUCGAUGCCCUAUUUCUGUUUAAGUAAGUGGAGUUGUGUUUGACUGCUGCUACACAUCCAUCCAUGCUAGUUUUAUGGCUGUGGCUGUGCAGUCUGUGCUCUGUCCUCUGAGGCAUUAGGCAGGAGCCAUUCCUUGCUGGGAGUAGAGUAGUGCUGCAGCAGCACAUCUGUUUGCCGCUCUAUCAGGGAGUGUGACCUGGCAUGGGAACAGGCCCUACCCCAGGGAGAUCCUCACAGGCACAACAAACACUAUCCAAUGGACCUAUCUGUGUACUCAGGUCAUUGUUGAUUUCCUACUCUCCUCUCCUCCAACAAGAUAUCAUUGUCCGCUAUGCAUCAUGGCUGGCUCUGAGUUUGGCUCUCUUCAUCUUUUGUUCAGAAAUAUAAUUUCUCAAAGACAGAUGGGUUUAUAAAUGUUGAAUGAAGUGAACUAUAUCUAGGGAUAAGGGAUGAAAAUAAGGGAUAGCUGCAGUGCCUUUGUAAUGUCACACAAUCACAUUUGAUCUCAUGGCUGCCUUCUGCACAAACAUGAUUCUCAAGAACAAUCAACUCCAUUUCCAUUGGAGGCAGAAAUAUUGCCUCUGGUGCAAUAUUGCAAAUGUGGGAUCCAAAGAUCCCAAUUAAAUUGAAUUGACUUCCCUUUAGAGAAAAUAAUUCUAUAAUGUCUUGAAUGUACGUAUAUUUGAAGAAUAACAGAAUGACAACAGUUGUUUUUGAAACAAUUGGAACACCUAUUUUGUUCAUGGUAUAAUAUUGACUAACUAUUUAAUUAAAAAAUGUUAUACAUGUUAUUUAUCUGGAUGUAUUGAGUUGGGAAACUGGGUUGGGGAUUGGGAGUUGCAUGGGGCGAGUGGCAGUGUGUGUGUGAGAGAGAAUGUGUGUAUGGACACAUUGUAUGACAGGGUCAUCUGACAAACUUGUGUUUCCCGUUAAUAUGGUGGUCUACAGAUUAUGCUCCCAGACAUAAAUACUGCUCUAAUACUCAGCGUUGAUCAAAAUAAGGCAUCUCUAGUGAAAUGUUAAUCUUGAUUAGUAGACAGUAUGUAUGGCAAAAUAUGACCCUAAAAUAUCUUAGUUUUUUAUCCCCCUUUACUGCUCAGAUAAACUAUGGCAAAUGUUAUGUUUUCUGAGUGGAUGACUGAAAGGAGUUUAGGAUGAUUUUAUAGGAGACGUUGCUUUCUAAAUGUUGUGUAGUUCUAAAAUAUGAUGAAUCAGUUGUUUUGGGAUCAUAAUGGUAAUCCAUUUUUUACCUAGUAACUACUUUGCUCUAUUCUGAUUGGUUUGUCAAUUGUUGGAGGAUAACAGGAAGUAAUUAUGUUAUAUGUUAUGUUAUAUGCAUGGUAGCAAGUUAGGAGAAUUUACACAGCAGUUUAGGAGAAUUAACAUAGCAGGUUAUGAGACUGUGGUUAAAGUUAGGAAAAGGGCAAGGCUUAACACAAAUGCUAUCCUAAACUUCUACGAAAAUCACUUUUGUAUUGAAGUGGUGCGAAAAGAGUGUGACCCGGCUGCUGUAACCUGCUGUAACCCUUCAUAUAUACACUCCCCUACUUAUUUAUUUGAACAAUGAUGCUAAAACAUAGAAAUUAAUGGUAAAUAAUGCAUUGCGUCAUUUUGUAGUCACUUUUAUUGUAAUUAAUAAUAUAAAAUGUUUCUGAACACUUGUACAUUAAUGUUGAUACUACCAUGAUUACGGAUAAUCCUGAAUGAAUCGUGACUAAUGAUGAGUGCUUAACUUACAAACUUACAAAAAUCAUUGUUCAGGGGGUAUGAUAUUUAUGCCUCUGUAACUUUCUCAUUCAUCCUUAUUUAUGAUUCAGUCAUGAUUAUCUGUAAUCAUGGUCGCAUCCACAUUAAUGUACAAGUGUUCAGAUUUAUUUUGUUGCUGUUUUAUAGCUAAUCUCAUGCUAUUUUACACAUUCUGCCAUGAGGCUGAGAGAUAAUUUAGCUUUUUUAGAGUUCAGGGAUUCUUGAAAGUGGGGACAAACCAUGUAAAGGAACAACCCCCCCUCCCCCACCCCCCCAAAAAUAAAAAAUAAUAAUCUAACUGGAUUUAUGUCAACUUUGAUGACACAUCAUAAAAGCAAUUAAAUGUUUACAAUUAUUGUCCAACAAGUGUUUAAAGGCCUUGAUUGUUUAAUUAUAACAUUAUAUUAUUCAAAUAUUUAAUACAACUCUCCAAACUGUUUUUUGUUUUGUUUAAAAGCAUUAAUGCUCCAGGGGAAAUUUGUUUGCAUUUUGGCAUGUUUUUUCUAGAUUUAGAACUUAAAACUACAUUUAUAAAGCAAACAUUAGACUAUCCUUAAGGGCUAGCACAGCAAAUACUAAAAAUACAUAUGUUUUUAGAACAGUGAUAAAAAAAAAAGAAUAUUUAUCAAAAAGUAUCUAUU